CAAUCAAUUCUUCACCACAAAGAACGAAAACGCACAGAAACCACUUGAUACUCCCCCGAGUCAUAUCAAGAUCCAGAUUACGAUUAACGUUCUUCUUCAAUCUUGACACAACCUCCGCGAGAAAAUCUUGAAAAUUAGGGUAAAGAAUAUGGAGACCAAAGAGUUCGACACUUACAGUGAGCGCAAAGCUUUCGACGAGACGAAAGAAGGUGUGAAAGGUCUCGUCGAUGCUCACAUCACCGAGAUUCCUCGUAUAUUCCGUCUCCCUCAAGGUACUUUAUCCGACAAGAAACCUUAUGUUUCCGCCUCGGAUCCCGCCAUCCCUGUCAUCGACUUUGCAGACGUCCACGUCUCGCGUGAACAUACCGUUGAGAAGAUCAAAGACGCUGCAGGGAACUGGGGUUUCUUUCAGGUGAUCAAUCAUGGCGUUCCUUUAACCGUUCUUGAAGAUAUUCAAGAAGGAGUUCGAAGGUUCUUUGAGCAAGAUCCCGAGGUUAAGAAAGCUUACUUCACUCGCGACGCCGCCAAGACAUUUGUAUACAAUAGUAACUUUGAUCUGUAUGGCUCUUCUUUAUGCGUUGGCUGGAGAGACAGCUUCGCUUGUUACAUGGCUCCUGAUCCUCCAAAUCCUGAAGAGCUCCCUGUGGUUUGCAGGGAUGCUAUGAUCGAACACACGAAGCAUAUAAAGAGCUUAGGUGUCUUGCUUUUUGAACUCUUGUCGGAAGCUCUCGGUCUGAGCUCUGAUAAGCUUAAGAGCAUGGACUGUAUGAAGGGUUUUCAUAUGAUAUGCCAUUACUACCCUCCAUGUCCUCAACCUGACUUAACCAUCGGCACAAAUAACCAUUCAGACAACUCUUUUCUCACUGUUCUUCUUCAAGACCAAGUCGGUGGCCUUCAGAUUCAUCAUCAAGACCAUUGGGUUGAUGUUACGCCUAUUCCUGGGGCUCUUGUUAUCAACAUAGGAGAUUUUUUGCAGGAAAAGCUCAUUGAUCUAUUUCUUUUUUUAAUAAAUUUAUAACAAAUAGUGUUUGCUUUUGUUGAGAAUAUGAGAGAUGUCUUUGAUAUGCAGCUUAUAACCAACGACAAGUUCAUAAGCGCAGAGCAUAGGGUGCUUUCAAACAGAAAUGAAACGAGGAUUUCAGUAGCGAGCUUUUUCAGCACGGGUAUGCUUCCAAAUGCAACUGUUUAUGGCCCAAUCAAAGAGCUUCUCUCUGAAAAAAACCCUCCAAAAUACAGAGAGUUUACUUUAGAAGAGUAUACAAAAGGAUACUUUAAGAAGGGCCUUGAUGGAACAUCUUAUCUAUCCAAUUUUAAGAUAUGAUAAAGAAUAAUACAAAACGUCUUUUACAAAAUAGUACAAAACGUCUGGUAUAUUGUAACUUGUAAGAUAUUUGUGUAUUUCAUGCAUAUGUUGUAACUUGUAAGAUAUUUGUGUAUUUCAUGCAUAUCUAUUAAGUCAGUCCUUGUUACA